AUGCCACGUUUGUUUUAUUGCAGCAAGUAUCGUUUGCAUCGACCGAUAACCACGAGGAGCGAUACAGCUGGGGUGUCUAUUAUCAAGCCACUAGUUGGCACUGACGAAAAUUUAUUUUUUAACCUCGAAAGUUUUUUUAAGUUAAAAUAUCAUUGUUAUGAAUUACUAUUUUGUUUGCAUGAUGCGAGUGAUCCCUCUCAAAAAGUCGUUGAAGCUCUAAUGAUGAAAUAUCCAUAUAUUGAUGCACGCGGCGGCAAUAUUGGAUUAAAUCCAAAGAUUGACAAUAUGAUACCUGCAUAUCGUGCUUCAAAAUAUCCAUUAAUUUUGGUUAGCGAUAGUGGAAUUUAUAUGCGUGAGGAUGCGUUAAUGGAUAUGGUGAACGCUAUGACGAGUGAUGUUGCAUUAGUUACACAGAUGCCUUUUUGCGCUGAUAGACCGGGUUUCGGAGCUAACCUUGAACAAGUAUAUUUUGGUACAGAACAUGCACGUAUCUACUUAGCUGGUAAUUGUUUACGUUUUAUUUGUUCUACGGGAAUGUCAUCACUAAUGAGAAAAUGCGCUCUGGAGGAUGCUGGUGGUAUGGAAAACUUCGGUGACUAUCUUGCCGAGGAUUAUUUCUUUGGUGUUGCAUUUGCUAAAAGGGGAUGGAAGAUAGCAAUUUCUGGUCUACCUGCCAUGCAAAACACAGCAAGACCCGAUCCAAACACUUUCCAUGAACGUAUAUGCAGGUGGAUAAAAUUACGUAUAGCAAUGCUACCUCAUACGAUAAUACUGGAACCUUUGCAAGAUUGUUUUUUGUCCGGCAUAUUGGGGUGUUGUGCUAUUUUGAUUCUGCUUCCGUCCUCACCAAUUUACAUCUUUUAUUAUUUUAUUUUCCAUCUCAUUUACUGGAUCUCAUGUGAUUACACUUUGAUCCACCUUGUUCAGAAUGGACCGCUGCCAUUUUCGUUUGCACAAUUCUUAUUUGUGUGGUUGUAUCGUGAAGCACUGUCUUUCCCAAUCUGGUGUCAAGCGUUGUUUAAUCCUAACAUCAAAUGGCGGAAAGGCAAUUUCCGGCUUCGUUGGGGUGGACGUAUUGCGCAGCCAGUACGUUCACCAAAGAAAUUGAAUAGUUGUUGA